ACAGGGUAGGCGGAUCGCUGGUUGUGAAUCCAUGUGGCGGGGGUUGUGGACCCUGGUAGCCCGGGCUGCACGUGGGCCUCGCAGUCCCAGACCGUGCACGCGCCAGGGCAGCGGCGUCCCGGCCGCCGGGGCCGGGGCCACCAUCUUCGCGCUGAGUUCCGGCCAAGGCCGCUGUGGCAUCGCGGUGAUCCGGACCAGCGGCCCCGCCAGCGGCCACGCCCUCCGGAGCCUCACUGCUCCCCGGGACUUGCCCCCGGCUCGCAGCGCCUGCCUGCGCCUACUCAGCCACCCCUGUUCCGGGGAGCCGUUGGAUUGCGCGCUGGUGCUCUGGUUCCCAGGUCCCCAAAGUUUCACGGGUGAGGACUGCGCCGAGUUCCACGUGCAUGGAGGCCCGGCGGUGGUGAGUGGCGUCCUGCAGGCCCUGGGUAGUGUGCCAGGGCUGCGGCCAGCGGAGGCCGGUGAGUUCACCAGGCGGGCAUUCGCCCACGGGAAGCUGAGCCUGACCGAGGUGGAGGGGCUGGCGGACCUAAUUCAUGCGGAAACUGAGGCGCAGCGGCGGCAGGCGCUGAGGCAGCUGGACGGAGAACUGGGCCACCUCUGUCACGGCUGGGCUAAGACCCUCACUAAGGCUCUGGCUCACGUGGAGGCCUAUAUCGACUUUGGUGAGGAUGACAACCUGGAGGAGAGCGUCCUGGAGCGAGGUGGGUGCUCCAAGGGAUGGGGACAUCUGGCAUCUCAGCCCCCGGAGGCCCCCUCACUCCCUCCCUUCCGCCCUCUUGCAUCCACAGCUAACAGCGAAGUGCGGGAGCUGGAGCUGGCACUGGGCGCACAUCUUCGAGAUGCCCGGCGCGGGCAGAGGCUUCGCUCAGGGGCGCACGUAGUGGUCGCAGGACCCCCCAACGCUGGCAAGAGCAGCCUGGUGAACCUACUCAGCCGGAAGCCUGUGUCUAUAGUGUCUCCGGAACCGGGGACCACCCGCGACGUGCUGGAGACCCCCGUGGACCUGGCCGGGUUCCCGGCGCUGCUGAGCGACACCGCGGGGUUGCGGGAGGGCGCGGGGCCGGUGGAGCAGGAGGGCGUGCGGCGCGCCCGCGGGAGGCUUGAGCAGGCUGACCUCAUUCUGGCCGUGCUGGAUGCUUCGGAGCUGGCCUCUCCGUCCAGCCGCAACUUCCUGGACACCAUUGUCGCCCUCGCCGGAGCUGGGAGCCCCAGCGGGAACAGCCAGCGCCUCCUGCUGGUGUUGAACAAAUCGGACUUACUGCCUCCAGGCGGCCCGGACCCCAGUCCCAACCUGCCCCCGCACCUGCUGCUGUCCUGCUUGACCGGAGAGGGGCUGGACGGCCUCCUGGAGGCGUUGAGGAAGGAGCUGGCCGAAGUGUGCGGGGACCCGUCCACAGGCCCGCCGCUCCUGACGCGCGCAAGGCACCAGCAUCACCUGCGGGGCUGCCUGGACGCCCUCCGCCACUACGCGCAGACCAGGGACCUGGCCCUGGCUGCCGAGGCUCUGCGACUGGCCCGGGGGCACCUGGCGCGCAUCACCGGUGGAGGGGGCACCGAGGAGAUACUGGAUGUCAUCUUCCGGGACUUUUGCGUGGGCAAAUGAGGGGACCCCUGGAGCUCUCAGCCAGGCGGGGUAGAUGUCCAGAAGCCUUGAGGCCUGUUGGGGUAGCUUAGGACAAGUGGGAAUCUCCGUCCCUGGGGGGGAGAGCUUGACUCCAGGACAAUGAGGCAAAGCCACUGCUGCCUUCAGAGGUGGUGAGCCCACUGUGGCUGGCGGUGACCAAGCCACAGCCAGCCAGGUUCCCUUGCAGGGACAUGCUGGGAUUCAAGCCACCCCGGAGUGGAGCUGAGCACAGAUCUCUUUGGUUUGCCUGCUGUUGGAGAAGUAGGAGUAGAAGGUUGGGGUGGAGGUGGGAGGGCCUCAGAGAUCUUCGUUUUGUGGUUUUUAAUUUAUUUUACAGACAC